CUCCCACUUGCCCACGUACUCGUCGUCCUCCGCUGGCACGCUUCGUCCUCCCGAAUGCCUCAGCUAUCCAGGCAGUUUCAGCGAGCGCAAUACUCACGUAGGAUUGAUUGAAAUUCCGGUGCUUCCGGAGAUCUCAGCGAGAGAGGCAAAUUAGCUAGCGGGUUGCGUGUGUAUGGCUACGUAUGCACUCAGAGGCGCAUCAUGGCGUUCACUCCUCGCACGCACGUCUCUGGAGACUUUGGCAGCGUCUCUGCGUCCUCGCGCGUGGUCACUCGCCGCAUCGUCAAAGCAAUACUUCAGCCUUUCCGGGGAACCACCUACGAUGCAGGCCAUGAAACAGAUGAAUUACCCGAAGCUCCCCGCCGACUCGUCGAUUUUUGAAGGGGCUGAGGAGGACUAUCAAGCUUGGCUAGGUGCUGUUCAGACGCAUACACCUCGUGCGACGGCCGACAUGCCAGCGCAGCUCAUUGCCCAAGGAAAUUUCGAGGAAGCGGAACGCUUACGGAACGAAAUGCAAGAAAUGCGGCUCCGACCUAGCGGCUCACCAGUGUUUUUGGACGCAGCGCUGCACGUCCUUCGCACGAAGUACUCCAGCCUGCAUGAGCGACGCACUGCCUUCCAGAAGUGGUAUGCAUACAUUCCUCACGUCUCGGCCAAACGUCCGUUGUCUUAUCGGACGAAUCCCGUCUUGGACGCGCUACUUCAGAACCCCAUCAUCGAUCUUCCCCUGCUGAAGGUGUUCGUCCUCACGAACGUAGGCAAAGGGUAUUUCCUGCUCGGACACGUUGAUAUUGUGCGCGACUUCGUCCGCCUUGCGGAACCUGCGGACAGCGUACGCUUCCUUGAUGCGUUGUAUGACAAAUCCGUUCAGGGACUCGGAACCAUAUCUUUUUAUGAACAAUCGCGCCCAUCUAGCAACACCAAUACGCGGAUCCCUCUGUCCACGGAACGCGCAAGAGCCAGGAUGAACAGGAUGCUGAAGGAAGCCUAUGGAACUGCAAUUAAUCAAUUUUGCAAGUCGGACCGGACUGACGUAGCGAUCACUAUGCUCCAGAAGGCGCGGCAGAGAAACAUUCCGGUGCAUGCGCUCAUCUACUCGCGCAUCAUCGACAAGCUGGAGAGUACCUUGGAUACUCAGAACUUGUCGCUUGUGAAGCAGCUCUACGAAGACAGGCCAGCAGGUAGCCCAGCCCCUCCGAGUCUGCGACCAGCCCGAUCUCUAGAGUUUCGCAACACCCCUAUCCAACUGUCCGACCACAACAACUUCUUCACGCGACCCCUCCUAGCGGGCGCACUCCGCAUCCUACGCCGACACAUAUCUACCCUCUCUUGCCCGAACCCCAGUGUCCUCAUGCACGUGGUGUCCGCCUGCACCCGCUUCCGCCACCCUCGCAUCCUAUCAAUCCUGCGUAAGAGAGCAUACAGAAACACGCACACCGCCAUGAUUUGGGCCCUGGCCGAGAUGCACUUCUACUAUUCGUGCCGCUGCUCGCAGGCCGUCAGCCUCGUCUUCUGCAACAACUUCCGUAUGGUCGGCAUCCCUCGCCAGGCAUCCCACUAUGCGUGGUUCAUACGCGAUGGCCGCAUCCCCGAUUGGUUCCCGCCGCCUGUGUCGAUAUGGCAUGCACAGGCUAUGACAUCGCUAUUCCCCGUCAAGCGCAAGAUGUGGCCAUCGUCCCACCACACGGCUCUUGUCUGGCGCGCUUGCGUCAAGGAGGUUAAGCACACGAUGUCGUUGCAUCGGCUGUAUGCGGAGUUACUGGAUCAAGUGAGGGCCACUCGAGAGGUCAAGAGUCUGUCUCCGCCCGAGUCCGCGCAGAAAGGAAGCUCCUCGGCUUCCGCCAGCCACUCCGUGCUCCCUGCUGGCAUUCAGCCUGCGGUUACAGAGUCACCCUACCCGGUGCCGGUUCCACCGUCGUACAUCUACGACGAUGCCCACUUCAACGUGUUCGUACGCGCCUUCGGGAAGACGAACUCUGCCGCCGCUGCGCGGGUCGUUGCCGACAUGUAUCGACUGGGCAUCACUCCGGGCGUGGAGACCAUGGUUUCCCUCCUCCGCUCUUUCGCGGAACGUAGAGACACGGACAAGUUGAUGCAGCUCUUUGGGCGGAUGGAGGCGACAGCCGACGCGGAAGCCGCACGCGGCGACAGCGUUACCGCGGCCUCGAAUACGAGGGCAGCCCUUCCGCCCCCGAACCUCGCCGCGUACCUCGUCGUCGUCAAGCACUUGACCAUCCAUCAUCGACUGAAGGAUGCAUCAGACGUCGCUCGGCGCAUGCUUACACGGCUGGAGUACCAGCUCGGCACGAGUACCACCGCGGACCGGUUGCUCGUCAAGCUCGUGAACCUGCUCUCUAUAGCUGAGGGCAAGUUUAGGGAGGACGGUGGGGCGGUUGAGCUGAUCGCUGCUAUCCGUACCGCGCAGAAGGCCCCGAGUUCGUUGAUGGAUGUCUUGGAACCCUCGUCGCUGCAAUAGCGGUCUUUUAUCCUGUGGCGUGGGUCAUCGCUUGUCACGGGCAUGUCAAGGCAUUCCGGUGCUCAGGAUAAUACUCGGGCCACGGCGAUCGUGAAUAGCGGGCGCUCAUCGUCUCGCGUACCAGACAAGGAUGGAUGG